AUGCAUCCACCACUGUGUGACUGUCCUUUGGAAGCCGUGUUGGAGUUAUCUCACUCCACCAGGAACCCAAAUAGAGAAUUUUACUCAUGUCCGCUGAAGAAAAUAAAGGGGAAGAAAGAAUGUGGCUAUUUCAAAUGGUUUGAUGUGCAUGCUUUGGAAGUCCGUGAACGGAACCUUGUUAGGGAAGUUGCCAAUUUGCGUAUGAAACUUGCCGAUGUAGAAGAAGAGAACAAGCAACUCCAGCUGCAGUUACGGCAUUGUGAAGUUGCUAACCAGCCUUGUUCGUCCAGCAUUACUAGAACGAGUGAUUCAACUGAAACAAGUAUGUUGGAAGCAAUUUCGCAGCUGAGUCACAUAAUGUCUCGCGUUGAAGGGACACUUGGGUUGAGAUAG